UGGCCGUUACACCAAUGGUCUUCAUCGAAAGAUUUUGUUUAAGGUUGAGCAAAUUUUUACAACUGAAGAAAAAUUUAAUCGCCACAAUCUCUAAAGAAGCCCAGGAAGUCAUUGAAAGAGUGGAAAGUGGUCAUCACUGUAAAUAA